AGCACUGCCUGGCUUAUUCAUCUCUUUAUGGUCAAUCGUGUUUCUGCAGGACCAAAGGAGCAGAUUGGUUAGUGAAGUCUCUUUCCAGAAUGCUGUCAGAAGGGUACCUCAGUGGACUUGCCUACCAGAAGGAUAUCCACUGGAGUUGUGCAUCUUAUAAUGAGCAGGUGGCUGAGGAGAAGGAAGAAGAGAUGAAAUCUGCUCUUUCCUAUUCCUCUGUGGAUGAGACACAAGUCAGAAGUCUCUAUGUGAGCUGCAAAUCCUCUGGCAAGUUUAUUUCUUCAGUGCAUUCGAGAGAGAGCCAACACAGUAGAAAUCAGAGAAUCACAGUGCUACAGAAAAACCCCAAUCCUGUGUUUGAAAGCCCAAAUAUGGCUGCAGUGGAAAUAUGUAGACACCCUAGCAGAGAGACCUACUUGGUUCCACCUUCCUGCAAAAGUAUUUGCAAGAAUUACAAUGACUUACAUAUUGCAGGGGGUCAGGUGAUGGCCAUUAGUUCAGUGACAACAGAUUUUCCCUCUGAGAACAGUUUUGAAUUUGGCCCUUUGCUGAAAUCGUCUGAGAUUCCUUUGCCCAUGGAGGAUUCCAUUUCUACUCAGCUCAGCGACUUUCCCCCAAAACCUAUACAGCGGUAUUCAUCCUACUGGAGAAUAACUAGCAUCAAGGAGAAAAGCAGUCUGCAAAUGCAGAAGCCUAUUUCUAAUGCAGUGCUGAAUGAGUACCUGGAGCAGAAGGUGGUGGAGUUAUAUAAGCAAUACAUUAUGGACACUGUGUUUCAUGACCAUUCCCCUACGCAGAUUCUGGCAUCUGAACUCAUCAUGACGAGUGUGGACCAAAUUAGUCUUCAAGUGUCUAGAGAAAAGAACCUGGAGACCUCAAAAGCCAGGGAUAUAGUCAUUAACCGCCUGUUGCAGUUGGUGUCUACUGAAAUCAGCACUCCUAGUCUCCAUAUUUCUCAGUAUAGCAAUGUGACUCCAUAGAGGAUGCUUCCAUUCCUCUUAACUACUCGCAGCUAAAGCACCACUUUAUCCAUUUAUUCUGAGAAUGUGGAGGAGGGGGUUGUGAAGGAGUAAAGAGCAAGGGAAGUAAAGUUCAGCUGGAGGUCAGGUGUGAAUUAAGAGGAAAUCUCAUAUUACACAUGAUGAAAUGUGGGAAGAAGAGCUAUAAAGAAUGAUUUCAAAGCAAUAAAGCAAAAAUAAAGAUGAUCAAAAAAAC